ACGGCUUCUCUUGCUCUCUGCGGCGGCUUUGCUAUCUGAUUUCUCGAUAUUUUUACGUUUGGAAGAUUUAGGACUUUGUAAUGGGCAAAGAGAAGAGUCACAUCAACAUUGUGGUCAUUGGCCAUGUCGACUCUGGAAAGUCGACAACAACAGGGCACCUGAUAUACAAGCUAGGCGGCAUCGACAAGCGUGUGAUAGAAAGGUUCGAGAAAGAGGCAGCAGAGAUGAACAAGAGAUCAUUCAAGUAUGCGUGGGUGCUCGACAAGCUCAAAGCCGAGCGCGAGCGCGGAAUCACCAUUGAUAUCGCCUUGUGGAAGUUCGAGACCACGAAAUACUACUGCACUGUCAUCGACGCUCCCGGACACAGAGACUUCAUCAAAAACAUGAUCACCGGAACCUCACAGGCCGACUGCGCCGUCCUCAUCAUCGACUCCACCACCGGCGGCUUCGAAGCCGGAAUCUCCAAGGACGGCCAGACACGUGAACAUGCUCUGCUCGCUUUCACCCUCGGCGUCAAGCAAAUGAUCUGCUGCUGCAACAAGAUGGACGCCACCACGCCAAAAUACUCCAAAGCAAGGUACGAUGAAAUUGUGAAGGAAGUCUCUUCCUACCUCAAAAAGGUCGGAUACAACCCCGAAAAGAUCCCCUUCGUCCCAAUCUCCGGCUUUGAAGGCGACAACAUGAUCGAAAGAUCGACAAACCUCGACUGGUACAAGGGCCCGACGCUCCUUGAAGCUCUCGACCAAAUCCAAGAGCCGAAAAGGCCAUCCGACAAGCCCCUCCGCCUCCCCCUCCAAGACGUCUACAAAAUCGGCGGCAUCGGCACCGUCCCUGUCGGCCGUGUCGAAACAGGGACACUAAAACCCGGCAUGGUCGUCACCUUCGGCCCGACCGGCCUAACCACCGAAGUAAAAUCCGUGGAGAUGCACCACGAGGCGCUCCAAGAAGCUCUCCCCGGCGACAACGUCGGAUUCAACGUGAAAAACGUCGCGGUGAAGGAUCUCAAGCGCGGCUAUGUUGCAUCAAACUCGAAGGAUGAUCCGGCCAAGGAGGCUGCGAACUUUACGUCGCAAGUGAUCAUCAUGAACCACCCUGGGCAGAUUGGGAACGGCUACGCGCCGGUGCUCGACUGCCACACGUCCCACAUUGCUGUGAAGUUUGCGGAGCUGGUGACGAAGAUCGACCGGAGGUCUGGGAAGGAGCUGGAGAAGGGGCCUAAGUUCUUGAAGAAUGGUGAUGCAGGGUACAUUAAGAUGGUUCCGACGAAGCCGAUGGUGGUGGAGACGUUCUCCGAGUACCCGCCACUCGGCAGGUUCGCCGUCAGGGACAUGCGGCAGACGGUGGCCGUCGGAGUUAUUAAGAGUGUGGAGAAGAAGGAGCCCACCGGAGCUAAGGUGACGAAGGCAGCCGCCAAGAAGAGUGGCAAGUGA